AUGGCCAAGUACCUGGCCCAGAUCAUUGUGAUGGGGGCGCAGGUAGUGGGCAGAGCCUUUGCCCGGGCCCUGCGGCAGGAAUUUGCAGCCAGCCGGGCAGCAGCUGAUGCCCGGGGACGUGCCGGACACCAGUCUGCAGCCGCCUCUAACCUCUCCGGCCUCAGCCUCCAGGAGGCACAGCAGAUUCUCAAUGUCUCCAAGCUGAACCCCGAGGAGAUCCAGAAGAAGUACGAACACCUCUUCAAGGUGAAUGAUAAAUCUGUGGGCGGCUCCUUCUACCUGCAGUCAAAGGUGGUGCGAGCGAAGGAGCGCCUUGAGGAGGAGCUCCGAAUCCAGGCCCAGGAGGACAGAGAGAAAGAGAAGAGGCCACAGACGUGA